UAAUAGUGUUUAUUGAUGGUCCACGUCUGAAAUUCACGUGGACAGAAAAAUAUUCUGAAGAAAGCAUUUUUUUGUUUCUUUGGAUUUUUUAAAAAUUUAAAGUUAGAAACAAAACUAAAAAAUGACUUCAUUCAAACCGACAACCGUAUCAACAUUACCGGCUAUUAUUGAACCAUUAUCCGAAUCGGCAAAAUUCUGGAAAAACAAUGUAAAUCCGGCGACUGUUUAUCGUGAAUUGAAUGCAAUCAAUUGUAUUGAUAUAAAUGGAAAUAAUCAAAUUCUAACAACAUCAUCAACAAAAUUAACAUUAUAUGAUACAGAAUUAUCGGAAAAGAAACGUACAUUUCAAUCACCAAAUCAUACAUUACUUUAUGGUGGAAAUUUUCGUCGUAAAAAUGAAAAAUUAUUUGCUACCGGCGCGGCCGAUGGAAUUGUUCGAAUUUGGGAAUCAAAAAAAUCUAAACCAUUACGUUUGCUUGGUAAUAAUAAUGAUAAUGAUCAAUCUAGAAUGAAACAUUCAGCACCAGUUCAUUGUGUUGAUUUUAAUGGCCUGAAUCAACUGUUUUCAUGUGGUGAUGAUAAACAGAUUAAAUUAUGGGAUUUUAUUGAAGAAAAAAUCCUAUUCAAUUUUAAUGGUGAAUCAUCCGAUGCACAUGAUGAUUAUAUUCGUGCAUCAUGUUUGAUUGAUGUUGGACAACUUUAUUGUACCGGAUCAUAUGAUCAUACGGUAAAAAUAUGGGAUUAUAGACAACCACAACAAUCAUGUUAUCAAUAUAAUCAUAAACAACCGAUUGAAUCGAUAACAAAUCGUGAUUUAUUAAUCAUAUCCGCCAGUGAUACAACCAUACAGGUUUUUGAUGUUGUUGCUGGGAAAACAUUACGAACAUUGGAUAAUGUUCAUCAUAAGACGAUUACCUGUAUACAUAAUUAUGGUACAAAUUUAUUAACAGCAUCAAUCGAUGGCCAUCUGAAGAUAUUUGAUUUUAAUUUCAAUGUUAUUGCAUCAUUCAAUUAUACACCAUCACAAUUAUUAUCUUGUUAUUAUAAUGGAUCAUAUUUAGCUGUUGGUACUAAUAAUGGAAUAUUAUCUAUAAAUAAAAUAUCACCACAAUCGAAAAAAUCUCGAUCAAAGCAAGGUGGUGGUAAAAUUCCGCAAAAACCUGAUAAUGAUAGUGGCCAAGAUAACAAUGAUGAUGAUGGCGAUGAAGAAAUGGCCGAUGAAUUUUUAUUCAAUAAUAUUCCGAAGAAAAAAUCAUCAAUAAAAUUGGAUAAGAAAAAUAUGUUUAUUGUACCAUCGAACGUAAUUACCAAUAAUAUUCAUAAUAAUUAUUCAAGACAAGAAAAACAAGAAACUUUACUGCGAAAAUUUCAAUAUUCAGCAGCUUUAAAUCGUGUUCUGAGAAUUUAUCGACAAAAUGAUCCGGAUAAAGUUGUAAAUUUUAUGCAAGAAUUAAUUCGAAGAAGUGGAAUAAAAUCAGCAUUAGCUGGUAGAAAUAUUCGUGAUCUAAAACGUAUAAUACGAUUUAUAAUCCAGAAUAUAACGGAUAUUCGUUUCACUCGGAUACUGUUAGAUGUAUCAUUAAUAUUGGUUAAUAUUUAUCUGGAAGAUAUUAGAAAAAUACCAAAAAAACGUAUAUUAUUUAAAGAAUUAAAUCAAUGUAUUAAUAAUGAAAUAAGAAAUUUGGAAAAAAUGUCUGAAAUUUCAGGACAAUUACAAUUUUUGAUAAAUUCACAAAUAAAAUGA